AUGGAGCGCUUUUGUUCAGCAAACGUGGUGGCUGUAUUGGGUGAAAAGUUUGGCAUGGGUGACGCUGCCUCGGCAACCAGAGAGGAGAAGAAGUUGGCCCAAAGAUUAGCCGAUAUUAUUAUCCGGCACGCGGAGGGUGAUGAGUUGGAGGUGGAGGAGGAUGAGGAGGUUUGUAGUGAGAGUGAAGGUGAAGAGGAAUCGGCGGUGGACCUAGACGAUGGUUUCCUUGUUACUCCAGACAAGGUAUCCUUCAGUAAUGGAAAAUUGAUUUGCGCCUCGGAUGUUCGUCGCGCUGUUGAUUAUUACCGUUCAACGAGUGAUGGGCACAGACCAUGUUCAUCUAUGCAAAGCAAGUUCAGGUUCAUCACCAACAAAAAUGACCUGAAACGUUUACGCGAAUUUGAAAAGGACCAAGUAUCUGUAACGGAUCGUCGGAACCAGAUCAGAGCACUGUCGCUGAAACUGAAAGAAAUGGUUAUAGACAAAAUGGGAAGAGGGGCCAUAUUACAUGAUAAUGAUUUGCGGGCUUUCGCCCAUUUGUUGAACAAAGAAUACAAAAUACCGAAUUUCGAGGCUUCUGCAGGAUGGCUUAAGAAAUUCAAGCACAUCAAUCGUUUC